AUGGGUGCGACAAGGAAGUUAGGCUCUCCGAUCGAGAUCUCCUCAUAUUUUCGCCAACCUUCUUCCAAUAGCACGGUAACGGACAGUACCACUGAAGAGACAGCGUCUAAAAACCAGUUCGUUAAACAUGGAUCUCCGUACACGGCGAUGGACCGCUUUUUUAUCGGUCUGGAGCCUAUAUACAGUGGGAUCAAUGCCGUUGAAUUUACGGCGAAUUCUCCAGUCGGCUAUGUGACGAAGCUGGGCAUGGCAGGCGACAUGGUUCCGAUUGACUGCUUCAUGGAGACCUCUCAUCCGAAUUUGGUGAAUCUCAGAGAGGUCUUUGUGACAGAAAACUCUCUGUUCUUUGUGUACGAAAAAUGGGGUAUAUCCUUGAAGGAGAUCCUCCUUCUCUCGCCUGUUUUCCAGCUGGGGGAGGUCGAAGUUGCUACCAUUUGUCGUGAGGUCCUCAAGGGCUUGCGAUACAUUCACAAGACUAUCGGAAUUAGUCAUGGGUCUCUCUCUGAAAGUAACAUCCACAUCAUGGAGGAUGGCGAUGUUAAAAUCGCAAAUAUUGGGAAGAGUAUGGUCACGAACUCUGGGCCCAAAGGAAUGUCUCGUGAUAUUAAAGAUGUCUGCAAACUCGCACGCUUACUUUUGGGAUCAAGUGAUGCUCCUGCCACCAGGGGCACUGUUGGCGUUCUGGCGUCGGAUUUCGCCCAUGCACCAUCCGAUGUGACUAUCGAUGAACUACUACAGCAUUCGUUUUUGAAUCCCGUGAACCGUAGCCGCAGUUGA